CAGAAUCAUUUAGGUUGGAAAAGAGUGAGUCCAACCGAAAUGGGAGGAGAGAGCAUGGGGUGGGGUCCCUGAUGGCUUGGGGUAAAACCCCCUCCCUGCAACCCUGGCAGGCCCAGAGAGGAGGGCAGACAUUGCCUGUGGGGUGCCGGAGGAGGGGCUGGUGGGGUCCUGCUGCGCUGUGGGGUCCAGCAUCCUGCUGAUGGGGCUCUUCCCCCUGACCGAGGUCUCCCUGCGAGCAGCUCCCGGGCUCAAUCCUUAGUCCCUAAGGCUGCUGUGGUGGCUGGCUCAGCAUCCCUGAGGCUCUGCUGCUUGGGGACACAGGAGGGCAGGGAGCCCCCAGUCCAGUCUGGCCCUGUCCAGGACCCCAUGGAAGGGAUUUUAUUUGGAGAUGUAGCCAAUUUCAGUUGCCCGUACAUGCUUGCUGCGAGUCAGACCCAUGCACCCAAGUGCUGUGGAUGGGGUUGCUUGCAUGUGACGUGGAGGAUGUCUCUUCGUUGGCACUGGAGACAAAGAGCUGAUAUUUUUACACCAUUUUGGAGUCAGCAGCUGUUAUGGGGCUCCUUGCCCCUCUUCCCUCAUCCUCUGUAGCCCCUGGGCAAUAGGCAGGGCCCAGCUGGCACUGCCAAGCUCUGGGGUGUCUCUGUGCCCGGCUCCAUCCCCCAGUGGGUGAUGGGGCAGGGCUGUGGGACGUGCCAUUUCCCACUUACCUUGUUACUGGUGUGAGGCGGCUGCCCGCUCCACACCAGGACUUUACCAGCGUGCAGGCUGUGGCACGCUGCCGGCGUGUUUCCCUGGUGCUUGUGGGUGUUUGUCCCCACUCACCACCCUGGCUGCCUCCACACUUGCUCCCUGCUGCUCCAGCAUUUCCACAGGUGACUGACUCAGACCACACAGCGUUCUUUCCAGAUCUCUCAUCCAGUGUUUGCCUCUGCUCCCCCAAACGCCUUCUAAGCCCAAACUGGAAUUAAACUGGUGCUUUUGCAGCCAGGAUCUGGCCAGGGAUGACCUGGCUGCUGGGGUGGAGGAGGUUCUGAGUGUUGUGCCCUGACUUCACACCGAACACCGCAGGCACCUCCAUCCCUCUCUGGCCAACCCACCCUGGGAAGGAUUUGAGGGUUUUUCCAGGCUGCUGCUGGUCUGAGCCAAACCCUGCACGCUCCUGGUGCUGAGGGCAUCACUUUCGGGGGGUGCCCAGUGCCCCUCUGCGGCUGGCUCCUCGCCGGAGGAGCGAUGCUGGGUGUCGGGGUGCCACAUGUGACAGCCAACAUGAAGCUCCAGGGGGGUGACGGCCCCUCGCUGUGGGCUGCUUUGCUGUGGCUGGGCUCUGUGCAGCGAAGGGGGCCCCACAGGAGCGUGUGGGGCUGUGGCACCCAGCCCCUCUGCCCAGCCCCUCCUGGUGUGGCUGUAUCCUCUGGGGCAGGGUGCUGCGCUGGGAUUUCAGACCAUCUGCUCGAGGGAUCUGAGGGAUUUAACUAAGCCCAGGGGAGGAGGGGGAGGCCUUGGGGUGUCCCUCCCCAUCCCUGCCUUUUGGGGUUCUCCAGCUGCAGGCAAUUCCCCACUCCCAAGGGGAUGGACGUACCUGCCGUGCUGCUCGAGGGGCAGAUUCCGGGGACCCUGAGCCCCGUGGGAGCCUGCUGGUGGCCCCCCUGGCUGAGCCCACCGGGGCUCUGCUGGGAUUAGCAGGCACUAAGCUCCUUCCCACGGAUGCUCUGUCCUUUGGCGGCGGCAGGUGAGUGGCACCGCCACCGGGCAGGGGGACCCCGCUGUCCCUGUGAGCCACCGGCACCGAGGAGUGUCACGGACCCCGAUGCCGCUGAUGCCCUGCGGCCCCCCGUGCAGCAGAGGCUUUAGGGGCUGGGGUACGGGAGGAGCUGGCAAUGGCCCUGGCAGGGGGUACCCCACUUCCAGGUGCCAGGGGGGCGUGGGGGCCACGGCACUUGCUGCAGUUUCCCCCCGAGGAGGACGGGGUGCUGUAUGUGGACUACAAGCCCCCCGCUCUGGACAGCAUCCGCCUGCCUCGCUAUGUCCUUUACCUGGUGAUGGCGGCUGCCCUGGUGCUGAUGGUGGCAUACGCCAUCGUGGGGCACCUCAUCAAGGACCUGGUGCACGAUUUCGCUGACUGGGUGUUCGGGCCCAAGCCGGAGGAGGAGAAGGAGGUGAUGGCCGAGGGGACUGUGCUGGAGGUGGAGUGGCUGGAGGAGGACGCGGUGCUGGCGGAGGCGAAGCCGGAGCGUGAAGGCGCUGGCGCCCUGCCCGGCAUGGACGUCCCGCUGGGGCUGCUCAGCACUGUCCCACGCAGCUCCAUCUCCUUCGCCGACACCCACAAGAAGAGGUUUUUCUAGGACCCGGGACCCCUUGGCCCCCCAUCACCACCGGGACCCCGCAGCCAUGCCUGCCUGUUGGGUCACAGCGUGGUCCCCGACUCUGGCGUGGGGGUGACACUGGCGCUGACACGCGGCUUCACAUCCUCGGCACAGUCCCACCCGUUACCUGGGGGCUGCCAUCGCUGCCCCCCAAUAAAGCAGCCUGCCCUGGCCCCGCUCGCUUAGCCAGGCAUGGGCACGGGGAGGUGGCAGGGCUGGGACACCCUGACUUUCACCUGGGGACAGCAGCGUCCCUUAGCAAAGCUGCACCAGCCCCCGGGCAGGGACACACGGGGAGGGACCCCCAUGUGGGUGCACACACGUGGGGAUGUGAAGGUGGGUGCCCGGGGGUCCAAACCCCUGGCAUGGGGGCACGCCCCAGGCGUGGGCACAGACACGGGUGGGCGUAGGAGGGACGGAUGUGGGCACGCACACGUGUGUGCAGGGAAACACGGGUGCACGUGCCCGCGGGGAGGGCCUGUGUCGGCACGGCCGCGCGCAGACGCGCAGGGAGGCACAGAUGGGUGCUGUGCUGAGCCUGGAUUUGCCCCCGCUGGCCCCCUUGGCCCCCUGAUGCUGCCAGACUGUGUCCCCUCCUGGUGAGGCAGAGCUCGGUGGCACCCACAGGUGUCCCCAAAGCCAAUCUUGGGGACAAAAGCACCCACGUGCCCCACUUGGGCUCUGGUGGGGGCACUGGGGAUGGGGACUGCGUCAUACGGACCCCCAUCCCCUGCCUUAAACCCAGGCUGGGGCUGGACCCCCCACAUACACAUCCCUCCAGUGGGGACCCUGUCCCCAUGCUCCCAGGCUCCUUCUCCACCCCUUGGGGAAUUGUCACAGGCAAGGUGGCCCUGCUGAAGCCCACAGUCCGUCCCUGGGGUGCUGCCAGCCAUCCUGUGCCUCAGUUUCCCCAGUGCCCCAGUGGGUGGGGGCUGGGAGGCGGAGCAGAGCUCAUGCUGCCAAGGUCUCACCGAUAACACCGUUAAUAUUUAGCUCUUCGUGGCACCCGGCGCUCCCCGGGCACGUGGCGGCGUCCUGCCGGCACCAGCCGUCACAUCUGGGCCCCAGCUGGAGCUGCGGGGUGGUCUGGCACUGCCACCCCCCCUGUGCUGCCCCAUCCCCAUGACGUGGUGGGGUGGGGGCCGUGUCCGUGGGGAUGGGACACUGGCCAGGAUCUGCCCCAGCCCCGCCAGUGGGCACAGGGGGCCCCAUGGGCAGAGGGGAAAGGCUGGGGUGGGGGGUGGGAGGGCGCUCCCACACAUCAGUCCGUCACCCACCCACCCCUCUGCCCCCCAAACACCCACCCACCCAUCUGUCUCUUCACACACCUGCCCACCAUCCCUCCCUCCCUCCAUCCACAUGCCCACCUGGGGGGGACCCCAGCCCUGGGCAUGGGGCUGCUGCCACAGUCCCCGAGGUGGUGGCCGCUGGGUGCCACGGGGUGCUGGUGGCUGCACCAGGGGAGAGGUGCCACCUCCCAGGGGUUCCAGGAGCCACGUUGCCGUGGCACUUGGUGACCUCUUGAGCCCAAUAAAAGCCACCCGUUGGCCCCAGGUGCAGAGGGCAGCGCCGGCGUGCGGGGCCAGCAGCGGCGUGGGAGAGGAGCCCACCUCGGGGUGUAGGAUGUGGCCAAGGGACUGGUGGACCCUCUCCCUCCUGGUCCUGCUCAUCCUCACCAGCACCACCCAGGGACAGGCUGGUAGGUGCCCCCCCAUGCCCACAUCCCCCUGCACCCCAGGGUGCCCUGGGGGAGCCCAUGCCCACCCUGGGGCAUCGGAUCAGCUUCGGGGAGACCUUCUCAGUAGGACCAGUCUGUCCCAGUGCCUCGGCAGCAACCAUUCUGAGGGCAAAGCAGAAAGAUCUAGGGGUACCUGCCUGCUGUUCCCAGUGCUCCCCACUGUGCCCCCCUGUACAGGGGUGGGGUGGCUGUCCGGGGUGGCUUCCCUGGCACCCAGGGGACAGUGGGGAGGGGGUGGUGAUGGGUGUCAGCCAACGUCCCCUGGUGUCCCCAGUGUCCACUGAUGCCAGGCUUGGCACAAUUGGGACCCUGUGUCAUGGAAUCAGGGGUCCCAUCCCCUGCAGGAUGGAGUUCCCCUGAAGCUGUCCCCAUCCAUGUCCCUGUCCCCAUCCAUGUCCCUGUCCCCACCCGUGUCCCCACACCGCUGCCGUGCAGACAUGGGCCCCAAGGAGCUGCAGCCUUGGCUCAUCAGCCUCAUGGCCGUCGUCAUCUUCCUCUUUAUUGUCUUUGUGCUCCUGCUCAUCAACCGGCUCUGGAAGAUCAGGAUGCACAGGAAGCAGGGCGACCUCCAGGAGACCCCAGGGGAUGACAGGUACCAUGGCUGGGUGCUGCGGGGCUGGCACCAGGCUGCCCCUGGGGGUGGCCACAUGCUGGCGGUGCUGUGCAUGGCCCAGCGGUGCCAUGUGUGGCUUGGCCGUGUCCUGCAUGGCCUGGUGGUGCUGUGCGUGGCUCAGUUGUGGCCUGGGUGGUGCUGUGCGUGGCUUGGCCGUGUCCUGCAUGGCCUGGUGGUGCUGUGCGUGGCUCAGUUGUGGCCUGGGUGGUGCUGUGUAUGUCUCGGCCGUGUCCUGGUGGUGCUGUGCAUGGAUUGGCCGUGUCCUGCAUGCCCUGGUGGUGCUGUGCGUAGUUCGGCCGUGCCCUGCGCGGCCCGUUCGUGCCCUGGGCAUGGCGGAGGGUGCUGGUACCAUCCCCGGGGAGGGGGUCCGGGUGCCCCGUCGCAGGCGGCCGUGCCCCCCCGGCUCCCUCCCGCAGGCUGGAGCGCACCGGCUGCGCCAACGCGGGGGCCGAGACGGACCGCGACGAGGAGAGCGACAGCGAGGAGCAGCGCCGGGCCACGGCCCUCUGAGGCGGUGGCCGCCCCCGCUCGCCCCCCGCCCGCAGCCCCGUCCGCGGGUCUCAGCUCCGCGCCGAGUUUUGCGGGCGGCCGCGGGGCGGGCGGCCGGUUGCCGCCAGGACCCGGCGUGGAUCGGCCGCCCGCGGAGCGGAGCGCGGUCCCGCACCCCCGGCGCUGGGCGGGGGGGGUGUCCCGGGGCGGGUCCCCGGCCGGUCCCCAGUAAAGGUCCCCAGAAUCAA